UGAUUCGAAAUUGGGCAUAAACAUAACUGAUCAGAACUGAUGCUUUCAACAUACAAUUAAUUGCAUGAAAUAUGAAAUUUAUACUUUGUAAUUGUAAGUCUGAAAUUUCAAACGAGGGUUUCAACAUUUUCGAAUUACUUUCGAAGUCGGUAUUUCAGAACGUGAGACAUGAAGUUCUGUAUUAUAUCACAUCUAUCCUACCUUUAGUCAAUGCUUUAUAUCAUUCAUUUCAAUUCACGAUUGUAUAGACAGUAUGCGGCACGUACAUUCGUAACUAUAGUGCGAGUGUGAUUCCACUUCCAGUGAAAUCAUUUUGUCCAGUGUUGCUUCAUAUAGUAGAAGAAUGAUGUGCACGAGGAUGUAGUUUCUUCCAUAUAUAUAUAUUUUUAAUUAUAUUCACGUUCUGCUGCAGUGUCAGUAACUGUGAAAUAAUCUUCAAACUUUUGUAUAAUAGCCACAAGAAUUCCGAAAUAUGCAGUUUUUUCUUUUAAACAAUUGAAAUUGCUAUAUGUUCUUGUUAAAGAUUACUUGCAAGUAGAGUGAAAGUUAUUCGUGUCUUUGACCUAAUUCAAUUCUUUAUGUCCCUUGGGCAUAAAUGUGUAUUUGCAACAUUCCAAAAUAAGAUAAGCUUGUUAUAUAAUAAUUAUUGUUGAUAAUAUUAUAUUGUAAUUAACAUAUGGAAAGUAUAGUAUUUAAAUUAUCACAAUGACAAGCACAAAUACACGUGAUAUAAUUCGAGUUGGAUCUCGGAAAAGCGAGUAACAAUGGCAACCAAAGGAGAUAAAAUCUUAGAUAAAUCUUUACCUAAAAUUGGAGAAAAAUCUUUAUUUACAGAGGAAUUAGAACUUGCACUUGAAAGUGGUCGUGUUGACUUUGUAGUACAUUCAUUAAAAGAUUUACCAACAUCAUUACCAGAAGGAAUGGCGCUAGGUGCAAUAUUAAAACGUGAAGAUCCACGUGAUGCAGUUGUUAUGUCUAAAAAAUACAAAGAUAAAACAUUAUCUACCCUGCCAGAAGGUAGUGUGAUUGGUACUAGUUCAUUACGUAGAUCAGCUCAAUUAGCUAGAAAUAUGCCACAUUUAAAAGUGGAAAAUAUUCGCGGAAAUUUAAAUACUAGAUUAAGGAAACUAGAUGAUGAAAAUGGACCUUUUGCAGCAAUUAUUUUGGCAGCUGCUGGUUUAAAAAGAUUGAAUUGGGAGAAUAGAAUAAGUCAGUUGUUGGAACCAGAAGAAGCAUUAUAUGCUGUUGGACAAGGUGCAUUAGGAGUUGAAUGUCGAGAAACAGAUUGGAAAAUAUUGUCUCUUUUAGAGCCAUUAUAUGAUAUAGAAACAACUUUAAGAUGUGUGUGUGAACGUUCUUUUCUAAAGACAUUAGGUGGUGGAUGCUCAGCACCAGUUGCUAUUUCUUCAACUUUAAAAAAUAAAAUUCUUACUGUUACUGGUGCUGUAUGGUCUUUAGAUGGGCAGAAACUUGUCAAAGGUAUUUCUGAAAGUAAACUUUAUAUACCUGAUGAUGAUGGAGAACCUCCAAAAAAGUGUCCAUAUCGAGAACCACAAUUAUACUGCAGCGUUGCACCUGGCAAAGUGAGCAAUUUAAGCCUUUUGGGUGCUGAACAGCUUGGUAAAGAUCUUGGAAAAAUUCUUAUAGAGAAAAAUGCUCUAGAUGUAAUGGCAGAAGCAAGGAAUGAAAUUUUAAAUUCAAAAUAGCGUUAAUAAACAAUAUAAAAAUUAGUUUUUCUUGAUGAUGAAAAAGAAUUUUAAGAAUACACAAUAGUUAUAUUAGAAGAAUGUACAAGUUACAAAUUUUAAUUCUGAUGUUUCAGUGAUUUAAAAAAAUGUAAGACUUAGCUUAAAAUUCUAUAAUAUAACGUUUAUUAAUUAUAUUUAAUUGCUUAGAUUAUAUUACGUUUAUUUCUUUAUAAAUGAAUAGAAUGAAUUAGGCAGAAUUUGUAAUAGUAUAAAAUGCAGUUUAAAUAAAAGCUAUACACUGCCAUAUUAUAAUUUUGAAGUUAUGCAGAAUGUUAUACUAUUUAUGACAAUUUUUACUAUUACUAUGUUUAAAUGAAGUUGAAUUUUAUAUAUAUAUAUGUAAAUAAUGCCUAUUUUUUUUUAAAUAAAAGAUCAUCAAGAAAACUAAUUACAUUAAUAUAAUUAAUA